AUGGCCUCGGUCCGUGGGCCUGCUCUAGGCACGUAUCCCGAUGUUGAGUCGUAUGUCAAGGCCAAGGGAGGCUCGCGCGUUAUUCGCAAGUGUCUGGUGGCCAACAACGGCAUUGCCGCUGUCAAGACCAUCCGGUCGGUCCGUGACUGGGCGUACACCACCUUUGGAUCCGAGUCAGCCAUCCAGUUUGUGGUUAUGGUGACGCCCGAGGACCUUGCUGCCAACGCCGCGUACAUCCGCAUGGCUGAGGAGGCCAUCGAGGUGCCUGGCGGGACGAACAACAACAACUAUGCCAAUGUCGACCAGAUCGUUGACGUCGCCAUCAAGGCUGGCGUCGACGCCGUCUUUGCCGGCUGGGGCCACGCCUCGGAAAACCCCAAGCUGCCCGACGCCCUUGACGCAGCCGGCAUUGUCUUUAUCGGCCCGUCCGGUGACGCCAUGCGCGCUCUCGGUGACAAGAUUGCUUCGACAAUUGUCGCCCAGUCUGUCGACGUCCCGUGCCUUCCCUGGUCCGGCGACUCGCUGCAGCUGCCCGAGGACUCGGCCGGUGCCACCACCGUGCCUGCGGACCUGCUGGCCAAGGCCUGCGUCACCUCGGCCGCCGACGCGUCGGAUGCUGCCGAACGCAUCGGCUAUCCGGUCAUGAUCAAGGCUUCCGAGGGUGGCGGCGGCAAGGGCAUCCGCAUGGUCCAGUCGGCUGACACCGUCGUCGACGCCUUCCGCCAGGUCGCCGCCGAGGUUCCCGGCUCGCCCAUCUUCAUCAUGAAGCUCGCGCCGUCCGCCCGCCACCUCGAGGUUCAGCUGCUCUGCGACAUGCACGGCAACGCCAUGUCGCUCUUUGGUCGCGACUGCUCCAUGCAGCGCCGUCACCAGAAGGUGCUCGAGGAGGGCCCGGUCACCGUCGCCACCGUCGACCAGCAGAUUGCUAUGGAGGCCGCUGCCGUCCGCCUCGCCAAGCAGGUCAACUACGUCUCGGCCGGUACCGUUGAGUAUCUCUACUUUGACGACGCCCACUUUUUCCUUGAGCUCAAUCCGCGCCUCCAGGUCGAGCACCCGGUCACCGAAAUGAUCACCGGCGUCUCCAUCCCGGCCUCGCAGCUCCAGGUCGCCAUGGGCAUUCCGCUCUUUGCCAUUCCGGAAAUCCGCGUCUUCUACGGCCUCGACCCGAACGAGACAGCGCCGUUUGACCUCUCCGCCCGCCCUGAGCCGUCGUGUGCCGUCAUUGCUGCCCGUAUCACUGCGGAGAACGCCGAGGAGGGCUUCAAGCCGACCUCGGGACUCAUCACCGACCUAUCGUUUGCCUCCACCACCAACGUCUGGGGCUACUUUUCAGUUUCGGCCGGCUCCUCGCUCCACGAGUACUCGGACUCGCAGUUUGGCCAUCUCUUCGCCUCGGGCCCACCCGCGAGGACGCCCAACGUUGUCAUCCGCGGCGAGAUCCGCACCCCAGUCGAGUACCUCGCCAACGUCCUCGAGACUCCCGAGUUUGUCGACAACACGUUUUCCACUGCUUGGCUCGACGCUCGCAUCCGCUCGGGCCUCCUCCACCGGACCGUCAAUCUUGACGAGGUCUUCUGCGGCGCACUCGCCCGCGUUCACGCCGCCGCCACCAAGCGCGCCAACGAGUUUGAGGCUGCCCUCGCCCGCGGACAGAUCCCGCCUCUCUCGCUCCUCGACAACAACUACGCCGUCACGCUCAUCUUCAACUCGGUCAAGUACGAGCUCUCGGCCGUUCACACCGCAAAGUCCUCGUACGCCCUCACCCUCAACGGCGCCACCGCCUCCGCCGAGCUCGUCGAGCUGGUUGACGGCACCUUCCUCGUCCACAUGGACGGCAAGACCCACACCCUGUACGCCCGCGAGGAGGCUUCCGGCCUGCGCAUUGUCGUCAACGGCCGCACCUGCGUCUUCUCGGACGAGUUUGACCCCUCGCUCAUCCGCUCGCUCACCCCAGGCAAGAUUGUCAAGUUCCUCGUCGACGACAACUCGCACGUCGCCGUCGGCGAGCCCAUCGCCCACGUCGAAGUCAUGAAGAUGAUCAUGCCCAUGGCUGCUCCAGCCGCAGGCGUCAUCUCCUUCUCCAAGUCAGAGGGCUCCAUCCUCGCCCCGGGCAUGGUCAUUGCCACGCUUGACCUCGACGACGUGUCCGCCGUCGAGCGCGCCUCGCCCUACGAUGGCGCCCCGCCGGCCUUUGGCCCGCCGCGCCCGCUCCCCACCAAGCCGCACAAGGAGCUCGAGCUCGCCGCCGAGGUCAUCGCCGCCGCCUUUGACGGCUACUCGCCGAGCAAUCUCUCCGAUGCCGUCGCCCUCUUUGUCAAGGCCCUCGGCGACCCCAAGCUCGCUCUCUGCCAGGUCUCUGAGCUCCUCGCCUCGAUCGAGUCGCGCCUGCCCGACACCCUCUUUGCCUCGCUCACCGCGCUCCUCGACUCGUUUGAGGCCGCUGCCGACGCCGCCGACGCCGCCGGCAACCCGGCCCCGGCCUUCCCGGCCAACGAGCUCCUUGCCGCCAUCGACGCUACCGAGGCCGGCCUCGCCCCGAAGCGCUCGAGGGCAUUGCCCCACGCUUCCGGUGCCUCGGCCUACGCCGUCUCGCGCGUCAAGGCGCUCAUGGACCAGUACAUCUCGGUCGAGACGCAGUACGGCCAGAGCAACACCCGCCGCGAAGAGGUGCUCUGGGACCUUCGCGACGAGAACAAGGACGAUGUCGAUCGUGUCGUCGGCCUCGCCCGCUCGCACUCGGGCCUCGAGAACAAGAACGCCGUCCUCGGCGCGCUCCUUGCCUGCGUCGCCGAGCUCCGCGACUGCGACCUCCCGGUCAAGCCGCGCGCGUACGUCUCGAUCCGCGGCGCCACCUCGCCGUCGGCUCGUGCCCAGAUCGGGUGCGUCGAGGACUACCAGUCCCAGCUCGAGGCACUCGCCUCGUUCACCGGCAAGGGCCACGCCCGCCUCGCUCUCGCCUCCCGCGUCCUCCUCAUCCACGCCAACCUCCCGUCGUUUGCCGAACGCAAGGCUGCCAUGGGCGAGCUUCUCGCCUCGGUCGCCGGCGCCUCGCCCGACGAGCACCACGGCCUGCUCACUCGCCUCGUCGACCGCCCCUCGUCGCUCUCGGACGUUCUGGUGCCGUUCUUCACCGACCCUGCCACCGCCUUUGCCGACCUCGCGCUCAAGGCCUACAUCAUCCGCACCUACCGCGCGUACGACGUCCUCGAGUUUGUGCCGGUCGUGCCCGAGGGCGUCGAGAGCCUCGUCGCCGCCGUCGCCUUCCACUUUAACCUUCCGGUCCGCAAGUCGCGCCCGAUGACCCCGUCGAGCCGCAACUCAUCGGCGUCGUCGAUGGACGCUGCGUCAGUGUCGGCCACCUCGAGCUCGGGCCACCUCGCGACCCGGACCUCGGUCGCCGGCUUCCACUCGUCACCUAGUAUGACCGCCAUCUCGGAGAUGGCGUCGCUGCCGCUGCCGUCGCCGUCGGGCAACUCGGGUGAGCACCGCUACGGCGUCAUGUACGCCGUCAACGGUGGAAUGGACGCGCUCUACGCCUCGGCAGAUGCCCUCCUUGCCGCAUACACCCCGCCGGCCCACACCCUCGGCUUCCCGGCCUCCUCGCCGCUCUCGUUUGUCAACAUCAUCAACUUUAUCGUGGCGGUUGAGGGCCCGCUCGCCCCCGGCCAGGCCGAGGCUGCCGCCGCCGCCUUUGGCACCUUCCUUCAGGACGCAGCCCGCUCGGCCACGCUCCGCGAGCUCUGCGUUCGCCGCAUCACCCUCGGCCUCGUGGUCGAGGGCUCGUACCCGGUCUUCUUCACCUACCGCGGCCACCUCGAGUACGCCGAGGACGGCAUCCACCGGUACAUCGAGCCGCCGCUGGCAUUCCAGCUCGACAUCGGCCGCCUCUCCAACUACAACAUCCGCGCCGUUCCCACUGGCCACUCGCACCUGCAUGUCUACGCCGCGCAUGCCAAGGGCGCUCCGGCUGGCACUGCCGAGCGCAUCUUUGUCCGGUCGAUUGUUCGCGAUCCCGAGUCGUUCACCGCUGCCGCCACCGUCGACCUGCUGGCAACCGAGGGCGAGCGCAUCCUUGUCGAUGCCCUCGACGCCAUCCAGAUGAUCAACGUGACGCACCCGAACCUCGCUUCGGCCGAUUCUAACCACAUCUUCAUCAACCUCCUCCCCAACAUGGUCAUCUCGCUCGACGAGGUUCGCGCCAUUGGCGCCCGCUUUGUCCAGGCCCACGGCCGCCGCAUGUUCCAGCUCCGUGUCAUGGAGACUGAGCUGAAGCUCAACCUCCAGUUUGCCGGCUCGCCUGACCCGGACGCCUUUGUCCCGGUCCGCAUCCAGAUCAAGUCGCGCUCGGGCUUUGUCGUCCGCUACCACGUCUACGUCGAGACGCUCGGCGAUGCGCCCAACGGCACGCCCAUCUUUACCGCCAUUUCGCAGCCGGGCGCGCUCGCCGAGCCCGCGCCGUGGAACGGGCUCCCCAUCUCGACCCCGUACGCGCUGCCCAACCCGGAGCAGGCCGCCCGCCGCCGCGCUCAGAACCUGGACACCGUCUACAUCUACGACUUCCCCGAGGUCAUGGACCAGGCCGUCCGCCAAGUCUGGGGCCGCCACGUCACCGCUGUCGUCGAGGCCGGCGAGGCGCCGCCGACCAUCCCGGCCGUCUGCUGCGAGGCCACCGAGUACCGCCUCGGCGCCGAUGGCAAGCUUGCUGCCUGGCCGAACGCCUUUGACGCCUCGGCCCCGCCGCCACGCAUCGGCAUGGUGGCGUGGAAGUGUGUGUGGUACACGCCCGAGUGUCCGGCUGGCCGGGUUGUGGUUGUGGUCGGCAACGACAUCACUUGCCUGCAGGGCUCGUUUGGCCCGGCCGAAGACGAGCUCUUCUUCCAGGCCUCGGCCAUGGCCCGCUCGCUCGGCGUUCCGCGCGUCUACCUCUCUGCCAACUCGGGUGCCCGCAUCGGCAUGGCCGAGGAGCUCCGUGCCAAGUUCAAGGUUGCGUGGCUCGACUCGACCGCGCCGGAGCGCGGCGCCGAGUACCUCUAUCUCGAGCUCGACGACGCCGCUGAGCUCGGCAACGAUGUGGUUCACUGGGAGGAGGUCGACGGGCCGGAUGGCACGCGCGUGGCGCGCAUUGUCGACAUCAUCGGAACCGCCGAUGGCAUCGGCGUCGAGAACCUCCGUGCCUCGGGCAUGAUUGCCGGUGAGACAUCGCUCGCCUACGAAGACGUCUUUACCAUUUCGCUCGUCUCGGGCCGCUCGGUCGGCAUCGGCGCGUACCUGGUCCGCCUUGGGCAGCGCAUUGUGCAGCACAAGUCCCCGCCCAUUCUCCUCACCGGCGCCGGUGCGCUCAACAAGCUCCUCGGCUCGCAGGUCUACACCUCCAACAACCAGCUUGGUGGCAUCAAGAUCAUGCACGCCAACGGCGUCUCGCACCUAGUCUGCGAGAACAACCUCGACGGCGUUCGCGACAUUGUCAAGUGGAUCUCGUACGUGCCGGCCGUCCGUGACGGCCCGCUGCCGUGCCUCCCGUCGCCGGUCGACGGCUGGGACCGUGACAUUGCGUACACGCUGCCGCCGUCGGGCGCGGCCGACCCGCGCGCGAUGCUCGCCGGCGCCUCGGCCGCCGACGGCUGGGUCUCGGGCUUCUUUGACCGCGACUCGUUUGUCGAGACGCUCGCUGGGUGGGCCCGGACGGUGGUGACUGGCCGCGCGCGGCUCGGCGGCAUGCCCGUCGGUGUCAUCGCCGUCGAGACCCGUUCGGUGACCACCGUGGCGCCGGCCGACCCCGGAGACAAGACCUCGCAGGAGAUGGUGUACCCGGAGGCCGGCCAGGUGUGGUACCCCAACUCGGCGUCCAAGACGGCCCAGGCCAUCAACGACUUUAACUUUGGCGAGCAGCUCCCGCUGUUCAUCUUUGCCAACUGGCGCGGCUUCUCGGGAGGCAUGCGCGACAUGUUCAACGAGGUCCUCAAGUUUGGUUCGCACAUUGUCGACGCCCUCCGCAAGUACAAGCAGCCCAUCUCCAUCUACAUCCCGCCCAACGGCGAGCUCCGCGGCGGUGCAUGGGUCGUCCUCGACACCACCAUCAACGCCGACAUGAUCGAGAUGUACGCGAGUGAGUCGGCCCGCGGUGGCAUCCUCGAGCCCGCCGGUGCCGUCGAGAUCAAGUACAAGGAGCGCCACCUGCGCGCCACCAUGCUCCGUCUCGACGACGAGUGCAAGCGCCUCGCCGAGGAGCUCGCCGCCGCCGACGCCGGCUCGGACGCCGCCACUGCCGCCGCCGCCGCCCUCACCGCCCGCCAGGACGACCUCAUGCCGUACUACCGCCAGGUCGCGGUCCAGUUUGCCGACCUCCACGACACGCCCGGCCGCAUGCUCGCCAAGGGCGUUGUCAAGUCGGUCGUCCCGUGGCGCAACGCCCGCCGCUUCUUCUACUGGCGCAUGUCGCGCCGUGUCGGCCUCCACGGCCUCGCCCGCAAGCUCGUCGCCGGCAACGCCGCCACCUCGUAUGCCGCCGCCGUUGACAUGCUCCAUGCCUGGAUCGCAGCCGCCGGUGUCGACCUCGACAACGACCGCGCCGUCGCCGAAUACGUCGCCAUCCACCGCGCUGACCUCGACGCCCGCGUCUCCACUGCCGACCUCGCCGUCGCCCGCGGCCUCGCCGGCAAGCUCCGCACGCUCCUCGCUGGCCUCUCUGACGAUGAGCGUGCCGCUGUCAUGGCCGAGCUUAACUGAGUCUGCCAAUUGCGAGAUAAAGCCUAACAUGCAUCUC